AUGUCUUCCAGUAACGAAAUUGAACACAAAGACAAUGAUCCAGCUCCAGAAAAUAUAGAAAAAACCCUUCACCAGUUGCUCGAUGCUGCCAGUCAUGCAUUAGACACAUACAGUGAUAAUCAUAGAGAGGUGUUUUCUGAAGAGCAAAUGCUGCUCGAAGCUAUGAAACCGGAUCAGUUUCAAGGUUUACCUGACUUUGAAAAAGCGUUUGAGAAAAUAAUGGGAAACAUAGAUGCACAUGGAUUGAUGGACUCUACUGAGGGCGAAGAAAGUGGCAGCAUUAGCCCGAAACUUUCAUGCAAUGCAGAUCAAAUAAAUAGUCCACACACAUUUUUCCAAUUGGACGAAAUGGAUUUUCCCGCUGAAGAAGAUGACAGUGGUGCCGAUGGCGUAAACAACAGCGCGAAACGAAAACUCGCUGACACGGAGGAUCAUGAUAGCUCUAUUAAUAAAAAAAAGAUGAAGGCACUUUCUAGUACAAAUGAAAAGCAACCUAUAACGGGAAAAGUUUUUGCAGAACCCUUUCUUUCACCUGCGUCGCUCUCUCCAAUGUCGUCGUUAUCAUCCGAGGGCACUGAUUCCAGGGACCUCAAAUUAGACCGACGUGGUGAUAAUGUUGUGAAAGGGACAACAAGACCUGCAAUCUCUCAGACAAUACACAUAAAAGGAAAAGUUGAAGACUCGGAAACUAAUCUGCCUGAAAAAUUGACAAAUGAAUACACUAUGAAACAGGUUUCUGAAAUGAAAAAGAGAAUUAUCAACACGCAUAAACUAAUUCUAAACUUCAAUUUCUUAAAAGACGGCUAUGCGAGAACCUGCAUCGAAUUAAAGAAAUCAUUACAAUCUUUGAAAGAGAGUGAAGUUCAUAGAGCACAUUUGCUUCUGGAAAAUGAGCAGUUACGGGAGAGAUUGGCAAGGCAAGAACAGUAUAUACCAGUCGGAAAGAACGACGACGCUGUCACUGAUACUUGA